UAAAAAGACUGAGUCUAGAUACAGCAUCUUCAAAACAGAAGCUAGCCUGCAAACAUAUUCUUCUUGUGGUUAUCUGAAUAUUUUACACCAACAUCAUGCAGCUCUGCUGGAAAUUAGCUCUGAUGAUGCUGGUUCUUGUGUGUGUUACUGCACAGCAACACAACUAUCGUCGUCCCACUCGUGUUGGCGUGAGCUGCUGUAAGGAAGUGUCAAGAGGAAGAAUCCCUGCUUCAAUUAAACUGAUGGGAUACAAGCAUCAGAAUGCUCUGAGUCCAUGUGUGGAUGCUAUAAUAUUCUACACAGAGAAGGAAAAGUUAUGUUCAGAUCCAAAAGCACCCUGGAUUAAAAACCGUCUGAAUGGUCUGAAGAAGAUAGUGGACUAAGAAAAUGGAGGACUAGAUGAUGCUGCAAAUCUAUCUAUACUAUAUAUUUAAUCAAUCUAUCUAUUAAAAAGAGAAUAUAUAUUCUGUAUGUUUAUUUAAGCAAAAAAAAAUAUUAUUUGAUCUUCUUUAUCUUUAUCUUAUGUGAAUGUUAAGAGAUGUUUAAAGACUUUGUUUAAUCUGCUCUAAAAUUAAAAAGCAUAUUUUGAAAAAUAACCAUUAAAA